GAUCAUUGAACAAGCAGAAGCAAACAAGAAGUAGGUCUGUUUCAAACAUUAAAUAUCAAGAGCCUAGAGAUAAUAUAGUAUGAAAGGUUAUGUUUUUUAUUGCACAUAUGACAUAUCAUUACGACUUCAGUUUUCAAAAUUACGGAAUCAUUUUAUUCUCCACAGCAUGCAAAGGAUCUUUAAUUCGCCACGUGUUAAUCUGUACUUCAGCUUCUUAAAGUUCAGCUGCAACACCUUCAGCUUGUGUGUGGCACUGGCAACUAUAAUUCAUCAUCCAGCAUCAACUGUAUUGGGCUGCAUUGGAUUUGAACAAGUCUUCAGGGUUCUAACAAAACUUUGAAAACAAGAAGAUUUGGUAUAUAUAAUAUAUAUUAAACAUGGAUAUCAGUCGAAUGAGCAAUACCAAGAAGCUAUCUCUCUGUCGAAUAUAUUUUUUUGCUGGAUUUGCAUGUCUUCCGUUUAUGUGGGCUGUAAAUGCUAUCUGGUUUUUGCGAGAAGCUUUCUUCAAACCUCCAUACCCAGAACAAAAGCAAAUGAAAAGAUAUGUUGUUAUUAGUGGCAUUGGUUCACUGCUGUGGCUUGUGGCAGUCAUAGCCUGGUGCGUAGUGUUCAGCCUGAAGCGCAGCGAGUGGGGCGAGGUGGCAGACAAGCUCUCAUUUAUUAUCCCUAAAGGAGUGCCCUAAUAUUCAACUCAAGUGCUUUUGCUGAUCUUUGUAUCAAAGAAGAUAAUUUGAAAUUUUUUCCCCAUGGUCAAGAUGAGGUGUCUAACCAGGAGCUCAUAUAUAGCUACUAGAUCUACCAUGGAAUAAUUGUUAUCUUUUAUGUUAGGUUAGAUACUUAUUCACCUGGACAAUGGAAUAUUAAAGUAGGUAGUGAUGUAGUCAUCUUGCUUAUUUUCAGUUUCUAUUAGUAUUACGUUUCAUCUAAUUUGUUUCAGCAUCAAUAUUUUAAGUAAACUUGAGUUUCAAAUCUUUCAUUCUAAUCAAGCCAGAUGUUUUUAUUGAAUAAUUUUCCCUAUACCUCAUAAAUGACCUCUACUGAAACUAAUCCUACAAAUCUCUCGUAUAAUUUCCCAUUUGUUGGCUGUGGUUGUGUCAGUGCUGUCAUCAACGAAUGUUUUCUUCUCUAAUCAGCUCAUUUUCUUCUUAUUAUCUUCAUUUGUUCUCUUUCAUGUCACUCAUAUUUUACUGUCCAAUACUGCGACAUGAGUAAGACGCUGCGUUUAUGUAGAAAGCUCUUACUAGGUUUUAUUUGAACAGCAGAGCAGCAACCAGCCUGACUAGUGAUGUACUGCAACUCAUGAAGGGCAAAUUAUUCCUCAACGGCGCAGUGCUGGAGCGUUCAAUGUUACCAAGCUACCACGACCAUAUAUUUAUCUAUUCAGCCAUAACUGCUUAACAUAGUAUAUUAAAUGUAGAAUAGUGCUCUGUAACAGUUUAUUUUGGUGACGUGCUUAAAGUGAUAAAUAUAUCAUCAAUGUAAUUGAUAUACGAAGGUCUGUUAUAUUACAUAUUUGGACCUGUUAGUAUUACAAUUAGUUUUUGUUUAUGAUUCAUAUAAUGAUUUUACUGCUUCCUUUUUACUAUCUCUUUCCCUUGUAUUGGCAUUUUUUAAAAAAUUAUUUAAAAUGU